AUGACCCGCGUUGAUCUGUCCCUACGGCAAGCUAUCCUACUCAAUGAUAUCGCAUUGGUGCAGCGAAUCCUAAAGCACAAUCUUUCAUAUCUCCAGAAUCCGGACUAUGCGGACAAGAGCAACACAUCAUUGCAUCUUGCAGCGAAAUAUGGGCUGGAAGAGAUCGCAGAAUUUCUGAUCUCGCUGGGUCAUGACGGUACUCGGCCAGUGGAAGACUGGAUCUACAGUGCCCAGCACGACAAUCGGGGCAUAUCUGUCAACACAGACGGCCAAACCCCUCUGCAUCUGGCAGCUGCCUUCUCUCAAGCCGGGGUAGUUGAGCUCCUGUGCAGGGAGUUUCCGCAGACCGUAAAUCGAAGAGAUCGCAAAGGCCAAACACCUCUUCACCUUGCCGCUUCCUCCCAGAUUAUCCCGAAGCCGAAUCUCAACAACCUUGCCAACAACGGCCCGUCAAGGCCUUCCUCAGAGGACAACAGAACGAUAGAAAUACUCCUAGCCCACGGUGCGGACGUGAAUGCCAAGGACGAGCUGGGAAACACAUGCCUUCACAACGCAAGUGCAUGGGGGAACCUCAAAGCCAUUCGGGCCUUGAUCCAAGCUGGCGCAGACCCAUUGAGUAAGAACAAGGCUGGCUGGACUCCCGAGUAUUACAGUAUCACGGUGCAGGCAGAGGUCUACUACCGGAACUUGGUCGCAGAAUGGGAGAAGAGGAAAGCAGAGGACGAGAUGCGGGCCAGCGAGAGAAGAGGAAAGGGCGGCGGCUCGGUCAGGUUAGUACCACAAGAGAACGAAAGCGACGGUGAAGGAGACAGCUCGUCGAGGACGGAGAGAAGCCAGGAGAGAAGCACAACAAGAAAUCCACUUCCCGGUACUGGUGCUGGAUCCGGUCUUAGCACUUCAGUGGGACAGAGUGAUGCAGGUUUGGGCAUCAGCGUAGGCUACGUGGAUGCUUGGAAAUGA